AUGAAAGAUUAUUUAAAGUUUGUUUACUAUGGCUGUUUCCAUUCAGCUAUCCUUGCCUUAUUCACAUUCAAAGAAGCCUCUAAUUCUUUCACAUUCUACAACAUUCUAACUAAAACAACUGAAAAUAAUUUCUUGCACCUUCUUCACGUGCCUGCAAUCCUUUUUUUGAUAUACUCAUUCACCUGUUUUAUCAUAUUCAAGAUAUUUGGUCCUCUUAUAAUACAAGAGGUAAAUGUUGUAAAUGAUAACAUUUUCUUGUUUCUUACGGAUGUGCUUCUAGUUUUAUCUGUAUUCAGUAAAGAUAUAGAAUUUAGAAAUGGAAUCAUAUUCUUUAUUAUUGUCUGUGUUAAAUCUAUGGUUUGGGUCACUAGCAGUAGAAUGGAACACGUUACAAAUAUGUCUAUGAUUUAUUUAUCGUAUUGCUUGCUGCUAUUCUUCGGUUCUAUGACCGCAUUAUUUUGUUUUUUGAGUAUUUACAGGAUAAGCAUUCUAUUUUUGUUUGCUUUUGAAUUUUCACUGCUUACGUUGAGUUGUAUUAGAAACCUUCUAUUGAUGAAAAUUAGUUUGGCUGAGAACGAUGACAAUAGGUCUUUGUAUACAUUUUAUAUUGACAUAGUGUAUCUAACACACUUGCUUAUCUUCUAUGUGAUUUUUAUUUUUAUAACCUCAAUCAAAUUUAAGAUACCGCUUCAUGUUUUUAGAUCGUCAGUUAAUAUCCUUGAAAAACUUACAAAUAAAAUUAAGUCCUAAAGAUCAUAUAUUAAACUUUGUAAAGAUUUAGAAAAAUGCAAUGAGGGAAAAGGAGAUCCUACGUGUCCUAUAUGUAGAGAGGAUAUGGAUAUAGGCAAGAAACUCAAGUGUAGUCAUGUGUUCCACUUAGAAUGUCUGAAAAAAUGGUGUGAGAGACAACAAUUCUGUCCUAUAUGUAAGGUUGAUCUGAUGUUUAAUCUAAAACAAGAGGUAAUUUACAUAGAGGAUGUGGUUAUUUCCGCUGUGCCUAUUACCAUUGAUGAAUAA